AUGGACGAAAAUUCUAUCGGAGAUUACCAGUUAGGAGAUUCGUUGACUUCAAAUGACAAUUUGUAUUCCGAUUGUGAAGUAUUCGAAGCGAGACACAGGACGACGCAGAAACAGGUGAUCAUAAAACUGGCAAGAGACGUAGACAAUGCCAAUCGGGAAAUGGAGAUUCUCAACGUCUUAUCCCACGAGUUCAUUGUGAAGCUUUUGGAAUCGUUCCAAACUGAAAACCUCCGAAAUGUAAUGGUAUUCGAGAGAUAUCCUCGGGAUUUACAAGAUGUUUAUACGACAGAGAGUCUCGAAUCAAAUCGAAUUCAGAAGUUUAUGAGGCAACUGAUUACCGGAUUAGAAUAUAUUCAUGGGAAGAAUAUUAUUCAUAGAGAUAUUAAGCCAGAAAAUAUACUAGUCGACGGAAACGAUACACUGAAAAUUGGAGAUUUCGGAUUGUCUCGAUACGCCGAUUCAAAUGUUAUCAUGACUCCAGAAAUAAUUACUCUCUGGUAUCGUCCCAUCGAAGUUCUGUUGGAAUGCUCGAAUCAUACAACAGCGGUUGAUAUCUGGUCUGCUGGAUGCGUAUUCGCUGAAUUGUAUAGACGUUACCCGUUGUUUAAAGGAGAGAGUCAGAUUAAUAUGCUCAAUAAAAUAAUAAAAGUUCUCGGAAAACCAACGACAGAAGAAUGGCCAACGAUGAAUGAUCUGCCGAUUAUGCAGAGCAUUGAAUUAGACGGAUCUAAUCUGAAAAGAUACGAAGAUGCUAUUCCGAAUGUUUCUGAAAUGUCAAUUGAUCUUAUCAAAAAUAUGAUAAAAUACGAUCCGGAACAGCGGUUCAGUGCUUCGCAGAUACUUCAAAGCGAUUAUUUCCAAAAUGAAGAUACAUCAGAGAGAAACCGAAGCCGUGAUCCUCCCGAUUUCCCUUAA